ACACAUUUCUCUUUUAUUCCUUUUAGCAUUAUUUUCCAGUUUAUUCUCUCAGUGGCUUGUUAGACAACAAUAUCUCCUAUGCACUUGAGAGAAUAAGUGCUCUGAGCAAAUAGCGGAAAUGGGUGUUUAAACAAGUUUUGGGGGAAGAGACACCUACAUCUAUUGCAAUAGUAUGCAAAAUCUCAAGCGCAAGCUAUAGUUGCUACAUGCUAUUUGAAAUAUAUUUGUUUGCAGGGAGAUUUCUGCUGAUUUGGAGGGAACAAAAAUAAGGUGAGUGCCCCCACCCGUCUCCCUCCCCACUAAUACUUCAACUAAAUGAGGGAAGGGGAGAUGAGUCUCUCGCCUCCUAUCGAACCAAACACACCUUACGGCAAUGCUUAUGUCAAUGGAAUGACUUAUUAUCAAGUAAUAACUCUUUGGGGGAAGACAGUGGCAAUUGUAUUGAAGAUUCGAACUGAGCAGAUUUCUUUAUGAAGGCAUUUCAUUAUAUGAAGACCGCCCACUAGCCAAGAGCAAAUGUGGUUCGUUUUCAAAUCUGCAGUAAAUACCCGGCAGAUACGGGCCUUUAAUGUCUGCCAGCAUAGCUGAAAACCUCUAAUGUCUCUUUCUCCCUCCUAAAUUUUUGAGCUCUGUCGAAAAUGGAAGCCUUAACGCAUCUAAGCUUCAGAAUAUGCAGCACUACAAGGCUUGCGCCACCGCUCCUACCCACCGGCACUAAGAGAAUCCGCCGAUUCUCCGCCGUCACCGGAGGAGCUGGCGGUUCUUCCAUCACCUUAUCCGCCAGCAAAUGGGCCGAUCGCCUUCUCGCCGACUUCCACUUCCUCCCUUCCUCCUCCUCCGAUCCUCCGGAACAUAAGAACUUAUCUGGUGCUCUCACUCCCCAGCCGCUUGAAAUUCCGGAGCGCCCCGUCUCGUUGCCCUUAGACUUCUACAGAGUGCUCGGAGCUGAAACUCACUUCCUCGGGGACGGCAUAAGAAGAGCCUAUGAGGCGCGCAUUUCGAAGCCACCGCAGUAUGGUUAUAGUCACGAAGCUCUAAUUAGCCGCCGCCAGAUCCUUCAAGCUGCCUGUGAAACCCUUGCGGACCCUAGCUCUCGAAGAGACUACAACCAGAGUCUUGCAAACCAUGAAUCUGAUGCCCUUCUCACUCAAAUUCCAUGGGAUAAGGUUCCAGGAGCAUUAUGUGUUUUGCAAGAAUCAGGCCAGGCUGAACUUGUUCUUCAGAUCGGGGAAAGUUUGCUGAAAGAACGGCUUUCUAAGUCAUUCAAACAUGAUGUCGUCUUAGCAAUGGCCCUUUCUUAUGUUGAUCUAUCUAGGGAUGUAAUGGCCAUUUCUCCACCAAAUUUUGUUAAUGGUGCUGAGUAUCUUGAAAAGGCAUUAAAGUUACUACAGGAAGAAGGUCCAAGUACCCUUGCCUCAGAUCUACAGGCACAGAUAGAUGAGACACUGGAAGAGAUCAACCCACGUCGUGUGCUAGAGCUUCUGGCCUUACCACUCGACGAUAAUCAUCAAACGAGACGAGCAGAAGGUCUUCAAGGAGUACGUAAUAUCCUGUGGGCUGUUGGAGGAGGAGGCGCUACUGCCAUCUCUGGGGGGUUUACACGAGAAGGUUUCAUGAAUGAAGCCUUUCAACAUAUGACCGCUGCAGAGCAGGUUGAUCUAUUUGUUGCCACACCAAGUAACAUACCAGCUGAGAGUUUUGAGGUCUAUGGAGUUGCACUUGCACUUGUUGCUCAGGCUUUUGUUGGCAAAAAACCUCACCUCAUCCAAGACGCAGACAACCUCUUUCAACAACUUCAGCAAAGCAGAGUGAGCUCUGCACUAGAAAGGGGACUUUGCUUGCUUCUGGUGGGAGAAGUUUACGAAUGUCGUUCAUGGUUAGGCUUAGACAGUGAGGACUCACCAUAUAGAGAUCCGUCCAUUGUCACGUUCGUUCUAGAACAUUCCAGAGUUGACAAUGAAAAUGAUCUUCUUCCUGGACUUUGCAAGUUGUUGGAGACAUGGUUGUUGGAAGUUGUGUUUCCCAGGUUUAGGGAGACACGAUCUAUGCAAGUCAAACUUGGGGACUACUAUGACGACCCAACAGUUUUGAGCUAUUUAGAGAGAAUGGAAGGAGUUGGCGGCUCACCUUUGGCUGCUGCUGCGGCUAUUGCUAGAAUUGGGGCCGAAGCUCAUGCUGUGCUUGACAGUGUGAAGGCUAGUGCUAUUCAGGCAUUGCAAAAGGUUAUUCCCCUUGGUGGUGAACUAAUUAGACAUGACGUUGAAACUUAUCCUCCUGAAAAUGUCAUGGUUGGUUCUUCUGAUGGAUUAAAACUUUCUAACGAGGAGGAGAAUGAAAGGAUUGCUUACAGAAUAAAAGAUUUGGUUGUUAAGAUUACAUCUGCUGGUGUGGUUGUUGGUGUUCUAACAUUAAUUGGGCUGAGAUUUUUACCGCACAGGUCUGACACUUCUGAUCUGCUACGUAAAGAUGGUGGAUCGAGCCGAUCAACUAUGAUUUCUGAAGUUGCCAACGUAGAGCCCUCAAUAGUUGAGAUAUCUGAGGAAGUUCCUAAAAUGGAUGCUAGGUUCGCUGAAAGCCUUGUUCGCAAGUGGCAGGACAUUAAAUCUCAGGCUCUGGGACGUGACCAUUGUCUUGAGAAAUUGUCAGAGAUCUUGGAUGGUCAGAUGCUGAGAAUAUGGACUGACCGGGGGGCAGAAAUUGCGCAGCACGGCUGGUUUUGGGAUUACACCCUGCAGAACCUCACCAUUGAUAGUGUCACUUUAUCUAUGGAUGGGCGGCGGGCAGUUGUGGAGGCAACGCUUGAAGAAUCUGCCCGGCUGACCGACUUGGCUCAUCCCGAACACGAUGAUUCAUACAAUACAACAUAUACAACAAGAUACGAGCUGUCCUGUGGCAACUCUGGAUGGAGAAUUGUAGACGGCGCCGUCCUCAAAUCUUAAUGGGAACCAGAACCAUUUGAAUCGUUUAGGGAAGGGUUUUGG